AUGUUUGGUGUCACUCUAGACAAUGUCAGCGCCAACACAGUAGCUAUGGAUCAUCUGAAGCAAGUUGUUACUAGCUGGACAAGAUCACCAAUCAGAGCUAAAUAUUUACAUGUGAGGUGUUCAGCCCAUGUUCUUGCUCUUGUCAUAAAAGAUGCAGUACGACUCUUUAAUGAAUCUGUUAAAAGGAUAAGGUCAGUUGUAAAAUAUGUUCUUGGUUCUCCUUCUAGGUAUGAAAAGUUUAAACAAUGUGCUUCCCUAGCAAAGGUAGAUUAUAAGAAAGCACUGAAUUUAGAUGUAUACACUCGAUGGAAUAGCACUUACUUGAUGUUAGAAGCUGCUCAAAGAUAUGAAAAAGUUUUUGCAAUGUUAGCACAGAUUGAUAAGGACUUUCAAGAGAGGUUUAUUUUUGAGCAAGACAAGGAAUCUGUUUUACCAAGUGAUGCUGAUAUUGAGGAAGCUAUAGCUAGUGAUGAUAUCUUGGAAGAAGUGGUUGAGGAUAUGGAAGAAGAUGAAGAGGUUGAGGAUAUGGAAGAAGAGGUAAAUAAGAAGAAGAAAAAGAAAGUAAAGACUCAUGCUCCUUAUGCAGAAGAUUGGGCUUAUGCUAGAGGUCUUGUGAAGUGUUUAAAGGUAUUCUUCGAUGCAACUGUAAAUUUUUCUGCUUCUACACAAGUCACUACUCAUUCUUUCUUAUGGGAGUUGGUAUUCAUCCAUGAACAAUUAAUUGAAUUUAGAGAAAAUGUAGCAUCAGAUCCAUUUAUUUCACGUAUGUCUCGUCUUAUGUUUGCCAAGUACAAUAAGUAUUGGGGUGUGUACGAGAAAAUGAAUCCUGUUAUGUUUUUUGCUCAAUUGUUGGAUCCAAGAGAGAAACUAAAGGGGACAGAAUUUACUCUUAACUGUUUGUUUGAGAACAAUUUGUGGGAGGUUCAAAGAAUCAUGAGAAAGGUGAAAUUAGAAUUUCAGGAACUCUUUGAUGAUUAUAGUUCAGUGUAUUCAACUCAUGAGGAAGGGUCAUCUAAUGUUGCUUCGGUAGUUGCCAGUUCAGUUAGCACGCCAUCUCAAGGGUUGAAAUCAAGAAUUCAAUCAAGGAAGAGACAGCAUCGGGACAACCCAAGUUGUGUUGAAGAAGCAAGAACAACGGAGUUAUAUAGGUACUUGACAGAUGUGAUGAUGGAUGGAAAAAUGCGUGAAGUAGAUCAAGAUGAUGACUUUGACAUAUUGGCUUGGUGGCAGGCUAAUGCAAACAGGCUAGGAUUGCAAAUUGCAAGUGCAGGCUUUCCAACCAUCCAUUUUCGUUUGCAAUGA